AUGCUGACAGUAUUAAUGCUUUUUCUGACUGGUCUUCUUCCAUGGGUUGACAAUUGGGCGCAUUUGUUUGGCUUCAUCUUUGGAUUGCUAAUCACCAUCGUAACAUUUCCAUAUCUGGAUUUCGAAUCACAGGAGAAGCCAAAGCGAGGAUGUCGAUCAACUUCGAAUCACAGGAGAAGCCAAAGCGAGGAUGUCGAUCAACGCUAUCUAGGAGACAUAUUGCGAUUGUGGCAGCAUUCGUGCGUGAUCUUAUACUUCCUCCUCGGCUACAUAUAUUUCAAUCAAAUUGAAGUUAACUGUCCGUGGUGUCAGUACUUCAACUGUAUUAAUAUAAAAUACUUCACCGGUUCUAAUCAUUUCUGUGACAACACGGGACAGAAGCUCUCGCAAUGGCUUCCGAUAUAA